AUGGAAGGCAAGCGUGACGCAGAGGCAUCUGCGGGAGAGCACGGCAAUCACGACGACGUGAACUCCGACCACAGCACUGCGCACCGUGGUCAAGAUUCCAUCGCCAAUUCACCCAAGAGAGCACGAACCAAUCUUAGCGGUCACACGGCAGUGCGAGAUAAGGUUGCUAGUGUGGAGGAACCUGGCACUGUAACGGGAGAGGCUGUCCAUCCUUCAGCUGAAGGGUCGGCUGACGGAGCAGACGAGGUCGAGCAGUCGGAAGAUCAUUCCACCUCAGAAGAGCCGCAGCAAAAUGCGUGCGAAGAUGUUGAAAAUGCCGCAGAUGUUGCCGAUGCAUCGCAGUCAUCGGAUGAUGGAAACUCUGCAGAUGACGUAUCGGAUUCCCAAGGUGUAAAGGCGGUGAAUACCUAUGUCGGCCGGAUCAGGGAGAAGAUCGAGGCCGGAGAACUCGACCAGUCGAUCGUGGACAGCCUACAAUUGCAGCGCCUGGUGGAUGGGUGCGCAGUGCCUCUGGGUCAGGAGGAUGUAGAGGUGGUGGUGGCGGCGCCAGACGAAGAGCAGCGCUCCCACCUUGAGGUGUUGAUGUCGCGUCCUGCGCGCCAGCAGAUAAAGGCGUUCGAAGGCAACGCGUACAUUCAGGGCAGCGAGGAGUACAACAUCUGGUACAACAAGUGGUCUGGCGAGCGCACCAACACCGUCAACGGCCGGGCGACGCUAAUGCCGGCCAUGUACAAGUGCGACCCUGAACGUGACACGGGAUACACGCGUGGCAACUCGAAGAACACGCUCGAUGACUGUGGUACGAAGUACUGCUGUCUUUUCUUCGCCAAGGGCUGCUGCACACUAGGUUCGAAGUGCAAUUACCUGCACCGCGUGCCGACAGUUGAGGACGAGUUCUUCCUGGAUUCGGGUGUCGAUAUAUUCGGUCGCGAGCGCCACGCCAAGCACCGUGACGACAUGAGUGGGGUUGGCAGCUUCAUGACGGACUGCAAAAGUCUGUUCAUUGGCGACGUCUAUCCUGACAACGCAGAGUACAACCCCGUGGAGAACCUGAAACAAGUGCUGACGGAGGAGUUCGGACGCUUCGGUCGAAUUGUGGAGCUGAAUAUCGUCCCCGCCAAAGGCAUCGCUUUCGUGACGUACGAGUCGCGAGUGAUAGCAGAGUUUGCGAAGGUGGCCAUGGCAAGUCAACCACUGGGUAACUACUCCACUGCUCUUAAUGUGAAAUGGGCCCAUGAUAUGAAGAAAGAAAAUCGUAAGAAGGGACACGAACGAGCGGCAUUCGAAGCUCGAGUGAAACAGCACGAAUCUCAGCUUGAGGUCUUCCAGGAGUACUUUUUGAAGAACAACUUCCACACCACUGGACCCUCAGCUGCAGAACAAGCCAAUGCUGAACGCGCUGUUCGUGAGCGUGAGAGACUGGACAAGCUUCACAGCAUCCUCCGUGGUGCGGAGGGUGCUGAUGAAGAUCGCUUCGAGGUGACGCUGUAG